CUGCGCCUUAAUUCCUCUCCGCUGACUCUGCUCAGCGCUAGUGUGCAAGUAUGGAGGCCGAGUACCCCCCAAACAGCGAUGACCCUCAAUGCGAAACCUAUUUACAUCAAGAGGCCCAUAUCGGACAAGAGGAGAGUGAUGUCCCUCCUUCAAGUUCGCUGCCUGCAUCUACUCGCUGUUUGAUUGUGAUAUCCGAGCUUCGGUUGAAAAUCUUUCAGUUGGUCCAUGACACAUUUACGGGUGUCUCAAAAAAUAAUAAUAAGACACUCCUGGCACUUGCCUUGACGUGCAAGUUAUUCACUGGACCUGCACUGGACCUUUUGUGGCAAGACCUACGUGGGCUUGCGCCACUUAUCAGAUGUCUCCCGCAAAGCCUAUGGAAAGUCACAGGAAAACUGGAACUUCAAAGAACGAUGACCUUUGAUGAUUGGUCCAUUUUUUGUAAAUACAACCACCGUGUCCGUUCACUAAACACAGCAGUCUAUGAGACCGUUCGACUUCCGCUGGAUAUCGAGAUUUGGCGUGCCCUCAGCUACCCUCCUUUCUCCCUUCCCUUGCUCCCAAACUUGACAUCUCUUACCUGGGGAGAGUACAACAACGAGACAUUCCCGUAUGUCUACUUGUUUGUGACCCCAAAAUUGAUGACACUCGAUAUGGUACGGAUGGGCCCGGGGACGUCUACCUUUGGUCCAUCUGAACAGUCCAUGUUGUCAUGUAUCUCAAUGCUAUGCCCUUCUAUCUCGCAUUUCCGUUUUGGAUUUUACGGAAAAGACACGUCGACCACAUUACAAAGUUGGUCUCAUCUAAAAUCGGUGAAAACCGAACAAAUUUCUGAGGCGGCCAUACUACACUUGUCGAAAUUGCCUUUACUCCGGGUUCUAGAUUUCAAACUACCUUCAAUCCCUAUGUCUGCCAAUACGCAAAAGCUCCUACAACGUUCUGUGUUCUGCGCAAUAGAAGAACUGGGUGUAGAAUGUGAAGAGAGUCUGGCGCUUUUAGAUGCUUUUUUCGAGAAGCUCUGUAUUGCUCCAAAAGCAAUAUCCUGUGUUGUCACUGACGGAGUGGAUUCCAUACCGGCCCUACCGGGUUUGAUUUCCCGUCUAUCUAAUGCAUGUGCGCAUAGCUCACUCGAACAGGUGCGGCUCAGUAUCAGCGAUCUAGCUGUGGAUCCCGAUGCUUCAAUCGGAGCUGCAUCCUUUCAACCGCUCUUCGCCUUCCGCAAUCUUCGCAGGCUUAAUGUCGAAGCGGAUUGCAAUGUGCGGUUAAAUGAUACUGUCCUUUUGCAGAUGGCAAAGGCUUGGCCCCUCCUGGAACGGUUAUUCUUCCGCCCAUACUGUCAUUUGAGUCAUGACGUCACCCCACAUGCAUUCGUCUCCCUGUUGCAACACUGCCCAUGUUUAGUCUCGGUCUCUGUUUUCAUAAAUUGGUCGACUAUAGACGGGCGUGAGAUAUCCCCUGUCAUUCCCUAUCAAGGAUUUGCACACAAGGCACUAUCAGAGGCGUCCUUUGGUAGUCCAAGGAUUCGUCAUCCAACAAGGAUUGCCGCCUUCAUCUCAGCCAUUGCACUCAACGUGGAAUCAAUUGAGGCAUGGGAUCCUGAUUACUACGAUGUUCAUCCAGGCUUCGAAAAGUACUCUACCAGGUGGAAGCUCGUGGAUCAUUUGGUCAAGUCUUUCUCCAUGGUCCGCGAGCAGGAGAGGAGAACGAAGUUGAAUGGAGAUGCAGGUGAUGAGGAAUUUAGAGGUUCAUAUGACCACUACGGGGUUGUGCAGCCAGCACAAGAGACUGAAAAUGGAGAAGCCACUGUUGGCGAUGACCAUGGAGAGAGUUCCGGGGAAGACAGCGGAAGCGGAUACGAAUAUGUGCCUUAUGAAGAACAAGUCACGCCGGAGGAGGAAUGAUCUAAACUGUUCUGAAUUUGACUGGGGGCUUUGCGACCGUUCAUUUUUUUCUCAACUAGGCCGCUUCAGCCCUUCGCAAGCGGUACCACACUAGUUUUUUUUAAAUUUCCCCACAUUAUUGGUUCCUGGAUCGUGCGCAUAGGUGGCUGUGCCACGGCGCCUCGGGCGGUAUGUUAUCCUUAUUCCUCACCGUCUUUGCUCAGCCCUCAGUACUGCAGGGCUAGCAAGUAUGGAGGUCAAGUCUGGUCGAGUACUGUGCAGAUAGUGAUGACUCUGAACGCGGGACCUACUUGAAAAAAAAGAUGUGGAUGUGUGAGCUGAGAGUAGAAAAGCAGAGGAUCGGCGCCCCGGCGUGUUCGCUGUGGCUAUAUUAUUAUACAUCAAUUUGUUCCGUACCAAUGGCCG